AUGAUCCAUGCCGCCGUCGGCGAUCACAACGGCGCUUGUUCCGCCGCUCACUUGCCUCAAAACCUCGUUAUCAUCAAAAUUAACGAUAUGUCGCUGAUUUGUAGCAGGAGCUCGAGGAGACUGACAGAGGCCGUCACUUUUUUGUCGUUUGAUAUGAUUUGACAUCUUGUCAGUGAAGUUCGCGGCUGCUCUUCUGUCCGGGGCGUCAGUUUGCACUUUUGAAGCUGGGUAAAAAGUUUGCUGAAUUUUUGAACUUCUUUCUAUUCUCUUGAGAAGUUGCCAGAGGUUUGUUUUUGGGUUCAAUUUGUGAAUUUAAUUCAAAAUUGAAAGCUGAAAAAAAAGGAAAAAAACUCGAGCAUUCAAAAAUUAUUUCCUCUCCACAUCGCAACAAAGACGUUGAUUUUCAAUCUACGAUUAAAAGUCUUUGAUUGACGUACUCACGGUUUUUUGUUCUUCGUAAGUAACUGAUAACUUCUUGAUAAAUGGUGGUCGUUUGAUUUACUGUUUCAGUAGCCAUUUCGUACAGUUCGGUCAAAAUUUUCCCGAAAUGUGGUAAAAAAAAAGUACAAUUUUCUCCACAAGACCAGUUUUGUUUUUUUUUAUUGAGCUUGAAUGUUUUGAGAAGUUUUCCACGUUCCCGGAAACUUUUCUUCGCAACACGAUGUCUUAGCUGAUAAUGAAACUGACGUUCGGGUUUGUUACGUUGCACACUUUUUGUGAUCUUUGCAAUUUCCAUUUAACAGUUUCUUUCUAAAUUUUUUGAGGAUCUUUAGAAAUAAUACUAGAAGAAAAUGUGAAAACAUUCUUUUUUCUAUCUUGAGUGUGCUAAGGCUGUGAAAAUGUGAAUCGUUCUAAAUUUCUCAAUGGACUUAAUUAUUGAAUUUUUGAAGAUUAAAAAGAUAUCUCUGGCUAAUUUGUGCUUCAAGAAUCGGAUUAUAUGAUUCUGAUGGAAAAUGAGAGAAAAACAAGGAAAUUUGAAGUUAAACUUUUUUUUUUUUGAAAAAAACCCCGAGUUCUUACAGCACCGCCCUGAUUUUAUUCAUGUGCAUUUUUUCGCACCUUCCUAAUUGCCAGAAGUUUCCUACAUCAGCUUCUCCUCUUCGAAAGCCCUUAUGCGAAGUUGCAGAAGUGUGGCGUCUUUUCUGCGCUCUUCUGCGGCAAUUUGAGAUUCCGCGACGGCUCUCAUCCCUUCAUGUGUCGCGAAUCUCCGCCUCACAUUGUUUUGGAUGCUGUAUGAAAAUGAAAAAGCCGUUUUUUGUAGAUCAUUUGCGACAUGUGGACUCAAGUCCUCACUCAAAAAAGCAAAGUUGCGUUUUCUUCAGAAUCCCUCCGAUUGCAAAACGAAGUUAACUUGACGUCGUUUUUUGCCGUUUUGCUUGCUCCUUUUCUUAACGUGCUGCUUUUCCUGUUGUUCGCUUUUUGAAAACUUUAUGACCAUAUAAGGAACCUUUUUCUCAACUUAAUUCGAUUAGUUUUGUCCCGGAUAGAAAAACACCGGAAGCGUUCAAUUUUUUAUGAUUAUAAGGAGUCUCAUAACAUGAUUUAGUUGUUCCGAGUCUUCUUUCCAGUUGAAAACUUGAAUCGCUAGUAAGAGGAUGUUUCGAGUUUUCAAAAAAAAAUUUUUUAACUUUAAAAUAUGAUUUAUUUUUUUACCGUUUACUAGCGACCCGGUUUAAACUUUUCUAAUUUUUUCGCUUUCGUUGUGCUAAUAAAAACGUUUCAUAUUUUUUGUAGCUCUCUAAACUUUCGUUUUCAGCCCGAUGAGCCUCCUGCUCCAGAUUUUAACAUUUUUGGCUUUCUUUUCAGAAGGUAGGUUUUAUAAAUGAAGAAAACGGAAAAAUUGCGAAGUCUUUUGAUUUCAGUUUUCUGCGGCGGAAACAAUGUCGAAUGGGGUUAUUCGGAAAAAGAUGGUCCAGAUUCUUGGAAAGGAAAAUGCCAGGAGGCGUACGGUAGACAGGCAAGUUUAUGAUUGGAAAAAAAAUAUUAUUUUUGGUUUUUUUGACACAACUCAGGAAUUUUUCAGAUCAAUUUAUAAAUAUUAUUUCUCAUGUUAGGUUUGAGUUGGCAAAAAAAUUGACACCAUUAAUUAUUUGUACCGCGGGAAGAGACUAGAAAUCUGAGAAACAAGAAAAAAAAAUUUUUUGAAGAUAUGAGAAUCCAAACAACUUCCUUCUUCAAACGGAAAAGGCUCGAAAAGAAUUAUUUUUCAUUUAAUUCGAAGUUAGUCAUUUUGAGAAGCUUUUUCUGGCUUUCACGAUUUUUCUGCUUUUUAGACUCCUUGCAUUUUUUUGAGUUUUUUUAAACAAAACCUGUUACUUUAAAACAGGAUUGUCACAAAACUCCCGUUUCCAAUCAAAACAAAUAAAAUACAAAUGAUGGGUUGGCCAUGUGGUGGAAACCAACUUGUGGCAGGUGGUUUCAACACGAAUCGUAACUUUUUAGAGCCCAAUUGACAUCCGGGCGACCGACGUCGAUUACACUCCUCUCCAUCGACUUCAUUUCAUCCACUAUGACCAUCCCGGACCUGUAGAUAUUUUCAAUAGCGGAACUUCGGGUGAGGCAGACAGAAAGGAGAAAAAUAUGAAAAUGCUUUGAAAAUUUUGGAAGCUUGGAAAAUUUCUGAGAAGAAACUUCAUUAUUUUUCGAUUUUCAAAAGAUGCUGAAAAAUUUUGCGAAAGAUGAACGAUUGGUCUUCUUCAUUUUGAGUCCUCUUGGUCGCCCGAAAAAUGGCUCUGCGCAGAGUUUCUGCAUCAUUUCAAUGGCGAUUUUUCGAACCAUUUCAUAAAAAAAUAUUUUUCUAAGUUUUCGAAAGACAAAAUAUUUGGCAUUAUCAAUUCAAAAAAAAUUUUGUUUGGUCUCAUUUGAUCUGUUCGUACAUUAGUGAGUUGCAUUAGACAAUUAUCAUAUCACGAAAAAAAAGCCUCGAAAGUGUAUCCUUGAAGUAGCCUUCAAACUUUUUGAGUUAAAGUCCGCUUUCGUGAAUGAAACAUACUAUCCGAAAUGCUCCAAAGACAUUCAAAUAUUAGUAGUCUGAGAACCAAAAAAAAAGCUCUCAGUACUUGAAUAUGUAGAGGAAUGUUUUUCUUGCAUCUUGUAGGGAUUCACGUUGAAUCAAGUAGAAGCUUGAGACUUGCACAACAAUUUGAAAUUCAACAGCUUAUUUAUUAAUGCAGCUUACAAAUUCAAAGGAUGAAUUUCAGUGGUCGUCUCUGGUUUUGGCGACUGGGGGUCAAAACAGCCUAUCGUUCAGGGCGGAGGACUCAAGCACAGGUUUUUUUUUUCGGAAAAAUUCCCACCGUACUGUAGGAUUUGAAAAUACGAAAAAAGUCGAGAAUCGUCAAAAAGGAGUUUGAAUUCAGAUAUAAGUUGGCGCAGUUCCAUCUUCACUGGGGACACCAUGACGCGGUCGGCUCAGAACACACUUUGGGAUCUUUGCAUUAUCCAGCUGAGGUUCGUUUUUCAAAUUGAAAUAAUAGCAUAAAAAUCAAUUCUAUUAAAAAAUUAUAACAUGAUUUGUAGACAAGUAAAAGACAAUUAGUAACACAAGUAAAAAUUUAUUAGGAAAAAUAAUCGAAAUGUGGGAGAAUAUUUCAACUUUUUAAAAACUUUUCUUUGGUAUCUCAAUUUUGAUGACGCUUUUCAGCUUCACUUGGUACAUGUCAGAGAAGGCCUGACGUUAGCAGAAGCUCAAGCACGACCUGACGGUCUUGCCGUCGUCGGCGUCUUUUUGGCCAGGACAAAUGAUCCCAUCGCCAACCGCUUUUCGGCCCUUUCUGAUCACCUUGGGAACAUCGAGUAUGAUGGUAUGUUCUGAUGAGUGGAUCGCCCAAACGAAGGAUAUUUUGAGGCAACCACACAAAACCCGACGGUUUCCGAGUCAAACACAUGCUGCCGUAUGACACUGAAGCCUUCUACCGAUACGAGGGAAGUUUGACGACUCCCACUUGUGACGAAUCCGUUAUUUGGACUCUUCUCGCUGAACCUAUUGCGGUUUCCAAGUUCCAGGUGCAGAUCAUUUUUUAUUUUCUAAAAAAAAAUACCAAAAAAAAAUGUAAACUCCUCGUAAAAAGAUGCAUGAUGUUUUGUAACUGGAGUAGUAUGAAUUUUUCCAGCUUUCUUCGAUUUUUUUCGAGAAAACACCUAAAAUCCGAUUUUUCAGCUGCAAGCCCUACGCAACCUGAAGGGGAAGCAACACGACGCGCGGAAAAACUUCCGGCCGACGCAGCCGCUCAACGGUCGUCGGAUCCAAUACCGUCCGAGCAAACUGGACCGAGCUCUCAUUUGUUCUUCAGCUUUCACUCCUAUUUCCGGACUUCUUUUCCUGGCUGUCUUCUAUUUCCUCUUCUAA